AUGGUGGUCCCUUUGUUUCAGCGAUUGACACUGUACGAAACCAAGGCUCGGUUUUAUAUCGUCGCUUCAAAUUAUGGCGAAAAAUUGUAUCACGUACUGAAACUCGAUCGGACAGAGGUGGACCGAUUGGUGAUCGCCGAAGAUAGGCACGAGUACAGCGAUGAGGAACUGACUGAUCUGCUGACCAUGAUAUCUAACAGCAGUAUCGAAAAGACGGCGAUCGACGGCGAUGAGUCUCGUUGCACACUGGUGGAGAAGAUUUCGUUCGCCUACGGCGUUGUAGGCUUCGUUCGGUUCACGACCGGCUACUACGUAAUAUUGAUCACCAAGGCGGUGCCUGUUGCAAAGAUUGGCUACGAAAUUAUAUAUAAAAUCGAAGAUACGGCUAUGUUUUAUAUUCCCCUCGACCGGUCGAAGACGAGGAAUGCCAAAGAGCAACGCUACCUGAAAAUCUUUCAGUCUGUCGACCUGAGUACAAACUUUUACUUCUGUUAUACGUACGACCUGAGCAGGACGCUACAGAGCAACUUCGUGAUGCCGCGGUCGCGCUUCGCUGAACGGUUCGUUUGGAAUCUUCAUUUGAUCGAACCGCUAUUUGAUUCUCACGUUACCGAGAGGUGGAUCUUGCCAGUGAUUCACGGUUUUGUCAAGAGCGUCUCGUUAAACCUUCACUGUCUGAAGGCACAGCUGGUACUCAUCGCAAGGCGGUCCAGUCGAUUUGCCGGCACUCGCUUCCUGCGUCGCGGAGCAAACUGCAAAGGCGACGUGGCGAACGAAGUAGAGACCGAGCAGAUCGUCUACGACAAAUCAGUGUUGUCGUUCAAGCGAGGUCGGUUCCUGAGUUUCGUCCAACUGCGAGGUUCAGUUCCUUUCAGAUGGUCUCAGGCAGUCACCGGAAUGGUCAGCAAACCGGACCUCAAGCAGAGGUACGGUGAUCCGAUAGUUGUUGUAAACCUGGUGAAGAGACGGGAGAAGUUGCGUCGAGAACACCUGUUGAACGACGAAUUUCGAAGCGCCGUCAGCUACUUGAACCAGUUCGUUGGACCGAGGCAGCGAAUACUGUAUUUGAGUUUCGACCUGGCGCGUUGUCACAAACGAGGUGAUGCGUUGGCGAAACUGGAGGAGAUAGCGCACAGUAUCGUGGAUUUGAACGGCUGGUUUCAGAGCUUCCCAUCGUCGCCUUGUCUUCCUCGCCGACCAUCGAGGUUGUGCACUUGCAGCCAAUGUAGCAAUAACAAGUUCGCCUUGCAACACGGCGUCUCUCGGACCAACUGCGUCGACUGUCUGGAUCGCACGAACGUCGCCCAGUUCGUCGUUGGCAAAGUGGCUUUAGCCUACCAGUUGUUAACUUUAGGCAUUACCGAAGGGCUGGGUCGGAAACUGGACACCGAUAUUUGUCAUCUUUUAGAAGCUGCAUACGAUGAGCACGGCGACACGCUUGCAUUACAAUACGCCGGUUCUCAAUUGGUUCAUAGCAUCAAAACUUACAAGAAGACGUCUAUGCUGCAGGAACGUAGUCGAGACGUCAUCCAGACGUUGUCUCGCUAUUACAGUAAUACUUUUGCGGAUUACGAUAAGCAGAAUGCGAUCAAUCUGUUUUUGGGCGUGUUUCGCCCCGGUGCUGAAGGGGGUCUUUCAUUAUGGGAGCUGCCGACGCCGACCACAGAGGCGUUCGUUGAGCCGGCUGAUGUUGACUACUGUGCCUGGUUCGAAACUGCGAACGACAGCAAUGGAGAACCUGCCGCUACUGCUUCUGCUGCUGUACCGUACGAUUGCGAUGUAGAGCAGAUGAGUUUGGGUGAAUGCAGUGAAUGUUGCGACGCAUCUUUCAAAUACUUUUAUCAAACAAGCGACCUGACGGUGUUCGAUGACGUUCUUGGACGCAGUAGGUUAGACUCGAUUUCAUCGGUUGCUGGCAAAAACGACACCACCAGUCUAUCUCUUUGGUGGAAGAAGCAAAUGAAGACCAUCAUAGACGAAACCAGCAAAACUGCCGGUAAUUGA